AUGGAAAAUAAUAAAAUUAUAAAAUUGAAAAACAAUUUGAAUACAUUUGAAAUGUUUAUGAAUCAAUAUAUUGUAAAAUAUAAAAAUAGUAAAGUCUGCUAUUUGUGUAAAAAUAAGAUAAAUAAUAAUCAUAUAGAAAAAAUGGAAAAUAUUUGUCCAAAAAUGUGGAAAUAUUUUCAUGGAAUAAUUAAUCAACCGCAAUGUCCUUUACAAAGUUUUGGAAAAGUAUUAAAAGUAAAAGAUUUAAGGUUUGAAGAAUUAGAGAUAUAUAAAGAUAGUUUACAAAGGAAGUAA